AUGUUUCCCGACUCGCGCGGCUCCGCGCCCGGCGACCGGCGCGAGGCCUCGGCGGCCGAGGGGCGGCGGCGCAGCCACCGCAAGAACCAGCGGCGGCGACAGACAUUCCACGCUCACCAGGGGCCGCUGCUGCCGCCGCCCGCCUACCCGGGCGCCGGCUGCCUCGCCGUCUUCGGCGCCGCACCCGCCGAGGAGGCGGACGAGGAGGACGCCGACGUCGAAGCUGACGCCGACAGUUGGCUGGGCAGCACGGGGCACCUGCAGCGGCCCGCGGCGGCGGCGGGCGAACACGACGCCUCGGCGCUGGUGCCGCCGCCGUACGGCGCGGCCACGGGGGCGGGCGUCACGCGGCUGGCGGUCACGCCGCCUCCGCCGCCCCCGCGCAGGACUCGCCCGCCCCCGGGCCCGCCCGGCGGCCGGAGGCGGUCGGGCUCAUCCAGUGGGUCGUCGGGCGACAGGGCGCAGUGA